AUGGCAAAUCCCGCCAUCCAAGCAGAACUGGUCUUCUACCAGGCACCCCAGGAUGGCACAUCUCCAUACAACUACGUCGAGGAACCGCCAGCUGGAGAACCAUGGCGCAAUUAUUCCAGCGACGUUCGCACAGUUCCCAUCAACGACAUCCGAGGAAACGAAGAUCACUUCACCCUCGACCAAGACGCAUUUCAAGUCUUGAAGAACAUCACAUCUUCAGCCACAUACGAGACCUUUAAUUCCGACGAAGCCAUUCGGGAGAUUUACUACCCCGAGGUGGAGCGACUGCUACUUGAAUCCGUUCCCGGUGCUCACACUAUCAUCUUUUUCGAUCAUACUAUACGUCGCGCGAACCCCAACGCCCCGCGUCAACCAGUUAAUCAGGUCCACGCAGACCAAACUGAAUGGUCUGCUCAAUCGCGAGUACGAAAGCAUGUAUCGGAUCCGGAGUUAGCGCAGAAGUAUCUGAGUGAACGCUAUCGUAUCAUCAAUGUCUGGCGACCUAUUAACGGGGUAGUUGAAUCUUCGCCCUUGGCAUUUGCCUCUGCAACCUCGACCGAGGACGAAGAAUUUGUUACCAUUCAACACCGGUAUCCAACCUUCAAUGGGGAAAUUAUGGGCGUCAAAUACAACUCCAAGACAGAGUGGAAAUAUUGCGCUGGUGUGGAUGAUACCGAGAGGAUUCUUCUCAAAUGUUUUGAUAGCCAGGAUGGAGUGGCCAAGCGUGCGGCACAUACGGCAUUCAUUGAUCCUAAUACCCCUGCCGACGCGAAACCGCGGGAAAGCAUCGAGGUCAGGGCAUUGGUGUUUGGGUAA